AUGGGCGGCAACAACAACUCUACCCUGGAUGACUUGCAGACGGUGGAGAUCCACCACUGGUACAAGAAGUUCAUGACGGAGUGUCCCUCGGGGCAACUGACAGAACAUGAAUUCAAGCAGUUCUUUGGGCUCCGGGGCCUAGAUCGAGAGGCUAAUAGGUACAUAGAGCAGAUGUUUCGCACCUUUGAUAUGAACAAGGACGGCUACAUCGAUUUCAUGGAGUACGUCGCCGCGCUCAGCCUCGUCUUGCGGGGAAAGAUGGAGCAGAAGUUACGCUGGUAUUUCAAGCUCUACGACCAGGACGGCAACGGCUGCAUCGACCGGCAAGAACUGCUCAACAUCAUUAAGGCGAUCCGCGCCAUCAAUGGCGGCAGCCACGAGACGAGCGCUCAGGAAUUCACCAACCGUGUAUUCGAUGCGAUCGACGUCAAUGGGGACGGUGAACUCUCGCUGGAGGAGUUUGUGGGAGGGGCAAAAAAAGACAAGGAAUUCAUGGAGGUGAUGAUGAAGAGCCUGGAUCUGACCCACAUUGUGACCAUGAUCAACGCCCGGCGGCGCAGCAGCGUCUAA